CGAUUCCUCACAUAUUAUUAUUAUUAUAUUAAUAAUAAUGUUGGUGUUUCAUAUUUUUAUUAUAAUUGAAACUCGAAUCAACAUUUCAACUGUUAUGCUUAUUCCUAUUCUUCUUAUUUAAUCUGUUACCAGGUCAAGAUUUGAAGAUGUCAUCAACUCCUAAGGCCAAAACUAACUCGGGGGCUGCAGGCACUGUGCUUUUGCGACAAGCCCAGCCAAAGUAUAACUUUCAAGGGAGAAAAUUGCCAAAAGAGACACCAGGAAACAAGAAUAAUUCUGAUUCCUCAUCAGAUGCCGUCAUUAUGUCUAGUCAGAGCUUGUCUGCCAGCAACAGUAUGAGGAAAGGGGGCAAACCAGUAGCUGUCGUCGGAGCUCAGACAAACUCAAGUUCAGAAAAAAGUCACGAGGCAAAAACACAAUUAGUCGCAGCUUCUCCUAUAAGCAGUGUGUCAUCUAUGCCCAAUCUCACCCCUGGCACUAACAGUAGUGCAUCUGGCUACAUCCCAGGAAGUGGUCAUGUUGCUGGUUCAGAUUCUUCCAAGGAUUCUCACUCCUCUUUGGGCAUGUCUAGUAAUCAACGAACAUCUUUACCAGUAUCGGCAUCUUUUUCCUCCCAGCCAGACUUUGCGAACAUGCAAAAUUCAAAUUCUACAGUCAGGCAAGCCACCAUGGGCACUGGUGACUCUUUGCCUAGUCUAGAAGCUUCUCACGCUCAAACUUUAGCUGUUCAAGUUCUUCAGAAUGUUCACUCAGGCAGGGAACAGUUAGAGGCUGUGGAAAGGGAGAGAGACAGUCUAAAGAAAGACUUGGAGGUUCAGCUUCAAGUGAAUGCAGAACUGAAGAAACUGUUGGUUGCUUCAGUCGGAGAGGACCUCAGUCAGCGAGUGGAAAGAUUGGCAAGGGACAGAGCUCAACUGUCUAUGGACAUUGGAGGGUUCAGCAAGAAAAUGUCGGAAGACCAUGAGAACUUUGACAAAGUCUCCAUCCAGGCGGACAUGUGGAGGAGCAAGUACUUGGCCUCAAGGGUAAUGGUGGAAGAGCUGGGCAACGCCCGUGCCUACUAUGCCUUACAGUCCCACGAUGCCCAAGAUGCCCUGCAGCAGAUGCUGAACGAACGUCACGAAUUGAGGACCAACUUGCUGGAGAACUACAAGGUACUUCAACAAGUGAAGAAUGCGUUUGACCCCCUGAACUCUCAGCGGUCAUCCAGCCUGGCUUCCACCAAUGUCCUUGACCUGUCCCGGGCGUGCCAACAGUUGUCCGAAGCGGUUCGGUUCCGGCUGCUGCCCGCACACGUGGCGGUUCCCGUGGGCACAGAGGGAGAUGAAGACCUGUGGGAGAACGCCGUCACCAGGGCCGAGCAGUACGCUCAUGUGGUUCUGUCCAGGCCCUGUGAACCUGUGGGCUCCAUCCAAUCCGGGUCAUCCCAUCUCCUGCCUGUGAUGGGAAGCAACACCCAGGGCUGUCAGAUCAAUCGCUUCCACCCACACACCCGCCACGAGAACCUCACCUUCAACUGCUGCACCAAGUGUAAGGGAGACAUCAACGUCCUGUGACAAUGAGUAAAAUUGUGUGGACAACGCCGGGAACACGUGUACUCAAACAAUGAACGUGGGUGGUUGGCUGGUGCUCGGGUGUGGUUUGCUCCUUCUUUCCUAUCAAACAUCUAUCGUCCUUAUCU